UAUAGACUGACACCUCAUGUGGCACUGAUGUUGAUUCGUGAUCUGGAGCCAGAUCUAAUAGGAGUCAGAGCAUCAGCGAUACCACCAUACAUCCAAAUUUUAUCUGUCCUUCGAUUUUUGGCUGAAGGUUCCUACCAAAAAGGAUUUUGCCAAGACUUCCAUCACCCAAUUAGUCAAGCUACUGCAAGUAGAUGGAUUAUAAGAGUAGUUGAUGCUAUUAAUAAUAAUUUAGCGAACAGAUUUCUUAUUUUUCCAACUACAGAAUUGGAAAGAGACCGUAUUCAAGCACGGUUCAGAAGGAGUAUUCGUAUACCAGGGAUCAUUGGCCUUAUUGAUUGUUUUAUUAUUGGUAUGACACGUCCAACUGCAAAUGAAGAGGCUUUUUAUCACUAUCGACAUGCCCAUGGUCUAAUUGUGCAAAUUAUUGUAGAUGCCAACUAUAAUAUUUUAAAUAUACGGACUUGCCCCGGUAGCAACAAUGAUAGAUAUGUGUGGCAAUUUUCUGAGGCCAGAGAAUACAUGGAAAAUUUACGAGCUGAAGGUGAAGGUGAAAGGAAUUGUUACUUGCUAGGGGAUAGUGGUUACACAGUUUCUCCUGUGUUGUUGACUCCUAUAUUAGAUGCUCAACCAGGAACACCAGAAGCUGCUUAUACAACAGAGCAUGUAAGGACACGCUGUAGAGUAGAGCAGACCAUAGGAAUAUUCACAAAUGUUUGGAGAGUACUGAAAAGGGCUAGAAAGCUGCAUUACACUCCAAAUAAAUUAGCUAGAAUAACAAAUGCCUGCGCAAUUUUGCAUAAUUAUCGACGAAGACAUGGAAUUCAUGAUAACAUACCACCAAUACGACAACGUAAUGUUCGUUUACUUCAACGUCCAAGAGAUCACCCUGCUGGGAUUGCAGAGAGGCAAAGAAUAAUACAAGCUUAUUAUCGUUGAUAAACUGCAGAGGAAAAUGUUUUUCCUCUGCUUCAACUAUCCCUCGGUAGUUAUAUUUUAAUAACUUCAAUAUCUGUAAUUUAUUAUAGAUUCUAAGAGCUAUGGAUAGCUUCUAUAUUGCCUUAAUUUAUAUCUUAAAAAAAUGAUAAAACUUUGUAAUUUUCUAUUAAUGUAAUAAAUUUUUCUAGUUAAAAUAAACAAAAAAUUUCAUUU